AUGCCUUCCCUUCCAUUGACCAUCCCCUCCCGACCCUCUGUGUCAUCCACAUCCACCAUAACCUCCUCGUCAUUUGAAGAACGACGUAUCUCCCAGCCAACCUUAAUCCCCUCCUCACCAAAUACACCAUUCAUCGUUUCUUCCUCUUCAUCAGCUUCGACCUGCUCAUCUUCGAUGCGACGAUCAUCCAGUGCACCUCAUCCACGACGAGGUAGUUCUCUACCUUCUAUCCCAUACAGCGAGGAAGUGGAAGACUCGAAUACGAGUGGACCCCGGAUGGAUAUACUUCAAUUUAUAUCAUCGACGAUCGAUCCAUCAUGGGACGAAAUUGAGAAUUCACCUCUAUCAAUGGUCCCUUCCAUACUCCCUUCGUCAACUGAACUCGAUGUGGAUCUAGUCACUUUCUUAAGGGAAGCACCGGGGGUGGUUAGAUCACCGCUUAGCGAUUCAGUCACGUCGUUCGAAGAUAUCGCCCAUAUUGGAAAUGACCAUGACGAAGAGUAUGAAAAUGGGAUGCAUAUGGACAUAGACGUAGAUGUAGCUAUGAACAAACUCGCUUUGGUCACACCUGAACUCAAACAAGUUUCCUUGAGGACAUUUCUAGAAGAAGAGAAUUCAAGGUAUAAUACUCAUACUCAUGGACAGGGACAGGGACAUGGACAUGGGAUGGAAAAUUCACCGAAUCCAAGUUUGAGUAUAAGUGAGAUCUAUGGUUUAGGUGGAACAUCAACAAAACUCAAACUCAACACAUCAUCUUUCGAUCAAUUGGACAAUGAAUACAACACUGAAAAUCAAUUAACAAUGACUGAAUUCUUGAAUGGAUCAAUCUCAAGACCUCCUACUACUAGAACAUCUACAUCUGAUCAUUCCCUGUUAUCUCGUUCGAGUUCGACCACAGACAAAUCAAGAUCGAGAGCAUCAACGAUGAAUAGCAGUACGGCAAGUCAAAAGCAUAAACGCGUUGUAUCCCUUAGCAACAAGAGUCUACCACUAUCACUUGGAUUGGGAUUACAUGUAAAUUCCGACACGAACACGAAUAAUGGUAAUAAUCUGGAUCCUAACAAUAGACAUCAUUCACAUGGAGUAGGAAAAGUCAUGAAAUUCGCUAGGGAUGCUUUUAAAAUUGGUAAUAAUGGUAGUCACAGAUCAUAA